CAAAACACACACAAAAACAGAAAAAAAAGACCCGAGUUGAUAGCAGUAAACUCCGAUCGAAAAAAGAGUGCUUGUUUUUUUUUUCAAGUUUGUGCCACACAUUUCCAGACGCGCCGUCGGUCUGUCUGCCUCCUGUUCCUAUACACACUCUCUUCCUUUUUUAAGCUUUUUUUUAGCAAUAAACUUUUGCUAACACUUUUCUUUCUCCUUCUCAUCCGUCAUGACUCAAUCCACCUUUGAACACUACCCUCAAAAUGUCGGCAUCUUGGCCAUGGACAUGUACUUCCCUUCCAGAUGCGUCGAACAAUCCGAGAUGGAGGCCUUUGACGGUGUCAGCGCUGGAAAGUACACAAUUGGUUUGGGUCAGGAAAAGAUGGCCUUCAUUGAUGACCGCGAAGACAUUCAGUCCAUUUGCUUGACUGCCGUCCAAACUUUGAUGGAAAAGUACAACCUUGCCUACACUGAUAUCGGUCGCUUGGAAGUCGGUACCGAAACCAUUAUCGACAAGUCAAAGUCGGUCAAGACUACCUUGAUGACGCUGUUUGCCGAACACGGAAACACUGAAAUUGAGGGCAUUGACACCACCAAUGCAUGCUAUGGUGGUUUCAGCGCCUUUUCCAAUGCCGUCAACUGGGUCGAGUCUUCGUCGUGGGACGGUCGCAAGGCUAUCGUCAUUGCUGGUGAUUUGGCCUUGUAUGCUUCGGGCGCUGCUCGUCCUACAUCGGGCGCUGGUGUGGUUGCCAUGUUGGUUGGCCCUGACGCCCCAAUUGUUUUGGAACGAGGCCUUCGCAGCACCCACAUGGAACAUGCUUAUGACUUUUACAAGCCUGACAUGCACUCGGAAUAUCCCGUCGUGGAUGGCAAGUUCUCCAACGUCUGCUACCUUCGUGCAUUCGACACUUGCUACAACCGCUACAUGAGCCGUCUCGGCAAGCAAUUGAACAAGGAGCACCCUAGCAUGGAUGACAUUGACUACGUUGUCUGCCACUCUCCCUAUGCCAAGCUUGUCAACAAGUCCUUUGCUCGUGCAUCAUACAACGACUACUUGCGAGACCGUGCAAACGAAAAGUAUGCGCCUAUCCAACAGUUUGGUGAGCUGACGCACGAUCAAUCAUUGGAGAACCGUGACCUGGAAAAGGCCUGCGUUGGCUUCACCAAGGCCGGCUAUGCACAAAAGGUCGGCCCUUGCGCAUUCGCACCCAAGCAGAUUGGUAACAUGUACACUGCCGCCGUCUGGGCCGGUCUUGCAUCGCUUGUUUCCGAAGUUGACUCCGAGACGCUCCAGGGCAAGCGUGUGUUGCUGUACUCGUACGGCUCUGGCUUGGCUGCCUCGAUGGUCUCGUUCCGUGUCAACAGCACCACGACCGAUAUCAAGGAGAAGCUCAGCUUGCGUGAGCGCUUGGCUGCUCGCACUCACACCAAGCCGGAGGACUUUGCAGAGGCCAUGAAGAUCCGUGAAUCCACCCACAACGCCUGCGACUAUAGCCCCGUUGGCAGCUUGGACAACAUUGCCUCUGGCGUCUACUACAUUGAGAAGAUCGAUGACAAGUGGAGACGCUUCUACAAGCGCAAGGACUAACUUAUUGACUACUACACACCCCACCCACUCUUCCUCAUUUUGCCUUUCCGAACUUAUAUACACGCAGCACUCACGCAUCUAAUAUAUACAACAGCCAUUUCGACGCACACAAAACGUUUUUUGACUACUAGUACAUGACCGUUUUCCUUCUUUUGUUCCUAAUUUAACCCCCUCCACGUAGUAAAUUUAAUAUAAAAAAUCACACCACACACUACUGAUUUUGUUUACAAAACGAGACAAAAGAGAAAUGCGAUAUAUAUUUGUAUAAGAUGAUGCA